UCGGGGGAGAGCGGAUAUAGUGAAUGCGGGGUUCGGGGAGAGCGGAUAUAGUGAAUGCGGGGUCCAGGGAGAGCGGAUAUAGUGAAUGCGAGGUCCGGGGAGAGCAGAUAUAGUGAAUGCGAGGGUCCAGGGAGAGCGGAUAUAGUGAAUGCAGGGUUCGGGGAGAGCGGAUAUAGUGAAUGCGGGGGUCCGGGGAGAGCGGAUAUAGUGAAUGUGGGGUCCGGGGAGAGCGGAUAUAGUGAAUGCGGGGUCCGGGGAGAGCGGAUACAGUGAAUGCGGGGUCCGGGGAGAGCGGAUAUAGUGAAUGCAGGGUCUGGGGAGAGCAGAUAUAGUGAAUGCGGGGUUCGCGGAGAGCGGAUAUAGUGAAUGCA